GGGGGCAUUCUGGGAAUUGUAGUUUCCGGAACGAAGUAGCCACUUCAUCGGUGUGGCGUGGUUCGUAUACCUAGUGAGAUGAGUGGAAAGCGGCCCGCGGAACCCGGCCCGGCUUGGGUGGGGAAGAAGGGAAAAAAGGAGGUGAUAGCACAGUUUUCCGAUGCUGUCACGGAGGAAACCUUGAAAAAGCAGGUGGCUGAGGCCUGGAGCCGUAGGACACCGUUCAAUCACGAAGCCAUUGCCAUGGACAUGGACCCCUUUCUACACUGCGUGAUCCCAAACUUCAUCCAAAACCAAGACUUCUUGGAAGGGCUUCAGAAGGAACUUUUGAACUUGGACUUUCAUGAAAAGUAUAAUGAUUUAUAUAAGUUCCAGCAGUCUGAUGAUUUGAAGAAGAGAAAAGAACCUCAUAUCUCAGCAGUAAGGAAACUUCUGUUUGAAGAUUUCCGGACCUGGCUUUCUGACAUUUCUAAAAUUGACCUGGAAUCAACCAUUGACAUGUCCUGUGCUAAAUAUGAAUUUACUGAUGCCCUGCUCUGCCAUGAUGAUGAGCUGGAGGGGCGUCGAAUUGCCUUCAUUCUGUACCUUGUUCCUUCCUGGGAUAGGAGCUUGGGAGGCACCCUAGACCUAUACAACGUUGAUGAACACUUUCAACCGAAGCAGAUUGUCAAGUCUCUUAUCCCUUCAUGGAACAAACUGGUUUUCUUUGAAGUGUCGCCAGUAUCCUUUCACCAGGUGUCUGAAGUUCUCUCUGAAGAAAAGUCACGUUUGUCUAUAAGUGGCUGGUUUCAUGGUCCUUCCCUGACCAGGCCUCCCAACUACUUUGAACCCCUCAUUCCUCGGAACCCUCACAUCCCCCAAGAUCAUGAAAUUUUAUAUGAGUGGAUCAACCCUACGUACCUUGACAUGGAUUACCAAGCUCAGAUUCAAGAGGAAUUUGAAGAACGGUCUGAAAUUCUCCUGAAGGAGUUUCUUAAGCCGGAGAAAUUUGCAAAAGUCUGUGAGGCCUUGGAGCAAGGAGAUGUGGAAUGGAGUAGCCGUGGUCCCCCUAACAAAAGGUUUUAUGAGAAAGCUGAGGAGAGUAAGCUCCCUGAUGUACUGAAGGACUGUAUGGAGUUAUUUCGCUCGGAGGCACUGUUUUUGCUGCUCUCCAACUUCACAGGCCUGAAGCUUCACUUCUUGGCACCUUCAGAAGAGAUUGAGGACCAAAAAGAGGGAGAAGCAGCCUGUGCUGCUGAUAGCACUGAAGAAGGAACUAGCCAGAGCUCCUCUGAGCCCGAGAAUAAUCAGGCAGCCAUUGGGAGCAACAGCCAGCAGAGCCAUGAGCAGACAGACCCAGUGCCAGAAGACAACAAAGCAAAGAAAGAGUCAAGUGUCCCCAUGUGCCAGGGAGAGCUGAGGCGUUGGAAGACUGGGCAUUACACUUUAAUCCACGACAACAACAAGACAGAGUUUGCCCUGGACCUGCUUUUCUACUGUGGCUGUGAAGGCUGGGAGCCAGAAUAUGGUGGCUUUACCUCUUACAUUGCCAAAGGUGAAGAUGAAGAGCUGCUAACAGUGACUCCAGAAAACAAUUCUGUGGCAUUGAUCUACAGAGAUAGAGAGACUCUGAAAUUUGUCAAGCAUAUUAACCACCGAAGCCUAGAACAAAAGAAAACCUUCCCAAACAGAACUGGUUUCUGGGACUUUUCAUUUGUGUAUUAUGAAUAACAGGACGGGGCAAAGCUGAACAAAAAAGUGACCACCACUACUGGAAAAGUGAGGCAUGGAAUGAAGGAAAGGUACAUGGUGGCCUGUUUGCUAGUGGGUUGUACGGGGUCUCAAAUCUGGGGCCUCAUGCAUGCCAGGCAAGUGCUCUACCACUGAGCCACAUCCCCAGCCCAUCUGCUAGUGUUUUAAAAUGGUUUUUCCUUUAAUAGGACUCAUGAUUUGUCCUCAAGACCUUGAGCUUAGAGCUAUGUACUUGCAUUUUGAUUUCAAAAAGGUUUUUAAUUUUGUUUCAUGUUGAAUUCUUCAAUUUCACAGUGAGUGCUUCAUUAAUUUUUUUUCCAAUUUCAGUGAUGUUCAUCAUUCUUAUUGUAAAAUUAUGUAACAAAUUUAGUCACUUAUUUAAGUGCGUUGCUCAGUGGGACUGAGUGCAUUCACACUGUUGUGUAACCAUCACCACCAUCCAUAUCCCAAACCCUUCCAUCUCCCCAAACUGAAACCCUGUACCCACUGAACAAUAGCUCCCUGCUCUCCCAUGCCCCACCCCCACCAUUCUACUCUUCCUCUGUUAAUAUACUCUCAUCCCUCAGAAGAGGAAUCAUGGAGCAUUUGUCCUUUUGUGACUGCUUAUUUCACUUAGCGAAGAGUCCUUGAUACAUCAGUGUUUCUUUUUUAACUCGCGUGAUUGCAGCUUCCAUGCUUCCCAGUUAAAUCAGUCUAGAAAUCACAAAAGCUUAUUUCAUGUUGAGUCCUCAAGUUCUGGUACAGUUUGAAUCAUUGCGCUUCCUGCGGCUGUCCACUGUGAUUUACAGACCAGGGUGGACAUAGAUGGAUAGUACUGCUUCCUUGGAAAAGGUCUAACCUAAAACCAAGCAAGACAUGUCAGGCUGGUAAGAGGACAGGCUGCUUAUUGCCAUAUGUAGUUACUUCCAGAUACCCUCUGCCUUCCCACCUUGAGGUUGUGGCUUCUGUGUAAUUAUAUGAGUCUAGCUUCACAUGUGGCUUUCAUUUUCCUACAGUAUUAGGUACUGUAGAACUAGUUGUCUGUUUUUUCUUUUUAAGAGAUCCAGUGCUCAAAGCUACAUGGGAAUGUCAAGAGCUUGUCCAUUUUACAUUUUUCCUCAGCUGCUCCAGCGGGCUCUAUCAUAACUCCUUCUGGUGUGGUUUUUUUUUUUUGUUUUUUUUUUGGGGGGGGGGGGGUGUGCACUGAUGGAUGAAAGAAGCUGUUCUAACUCCAUCUCUAGUGUGUCCCUCUAUUUCCUUUCUCUUUUUCCAUCUAUUUCUUACUGUUGCAGUAGUUUUUAGUGUCGGUUACAAACUAGUAGGAAAAGAACUGGACCUUUAAAUGUCUCAACCACUUCUCUUUCAUCUCCCGAGUACUAAUUCUUUUCUGAAGUUUGCAAUUAAGUUGAUGGUUUCUUUUUCUUUUUUUUUUUACAUACCUAAAUCAGUAAAACACAUUUUAUCACGUGUUUCCAUUAAAUGGGUAUUUGAAUUUUAUACAUGUAGUACUACUAGUUCUAAAACAAUUUUAUGUUAUAAAACAAAUCCUAGUUUUUAAAUGAGAUAAAAAUGUCCAGAGUUCUAGUAUUGUCUUCCCACACCCACAAAGUAUGUGAACCAUUUUACACACUAUUUUAGAGACCACAAUUCUUUAACCACAGCAUAGUGAUGUUCAAGUGGGAUUGAAGAUACUUUGGUACCAAUAGCUAAUUUUGAAGCUUGCCUUUUCUAAGUUCCUGGGGCCUGAAGGUCACCUGUACUAUUACUGCUUUCACUCACUUGCUUUCUAGGGUAUUUUCCUAAACAGGGAGGGUAAGGUUAUAGUUAAUACCUUCAUUCAGUGGCUUAACCCCAGCAAGACCCAGGGAAAGGUGCUGGGUAGGUGAAACCCUAUGUGUGCCAAGCUUGGGAAAUGGUGUGAGGUUAUGGCUGUCAUUGCUGUCUAAGGCCACCCAACUUUUCCAGUUCUGGAGAGCUGGGUCUAAAUCUCAGAUAAUACUCACAUGUGAGAAUGUGCUUAUUAGUUUCUCCUUUUUUCUCCAUGUGCUUAUAGUCCACGCAACAGAAUCUUUUACACUACAGAAACAGAUUUGGGUGUUUAAGGGAAGAGAAUCCCUAAGGGCCUAAUGUUGCUGUCAGUUCCUGCAUCUACAAAGUUCAGGACUGUCGAGGAGAAGGUAAUUUGCAGAUUGCUUCUCUGUCCUGAGAAUGUGGUAAUUAAGAAGCAGCUUUCCUCAAUAGUCAGGCAUCUCAUGAUGAUGUUCAGUCAACGACAGACUGAUGGCAGACUGACAGACGAUGGCAGUCCCCUAGAUUAUAACGGACAUGACAGAUUGCUAAUGCCUAGUGAAACCAUCACCUCUGUUGCAAAGCAUUCCUCACAUCUAGUGAUGCUGCUGUAAACAAGCCUGUGUUGCCAAUUGUAUAAAAGCAUACAGCACAUGUAUAUGUACGGUAUGUAAUACUUAAUGAUAAAUAAAGUGACUAUUAUUGUGUAU